UCACCGCCGUCUGGUCUUCGUUCCUUCAGCUCACCUCCGCCGUGUUUGUUUACCGUCACGAAUCUAUGCUCGCGUCGCGUCCGUCCGACCGCGCUCCCGAACGCACGCUACGCUAGCGAUUUCCGCAUACAGUGAAUUUCCUGCAAUCCACAGUGACUUCUAACAUGCAAUAAAACAGUUCUAAGUGCUCCGACAACGACGCCGAAAACAAUACAUCUUCGAAUGCAGCGGCUGCGAUGGCCCGGUGACGCAGAAUAUGAGAUGGAGAAGCUGGCGCGCCUGCUGUUCCUAGUGGUGCUGUGGGCUGUCUCGGUCACCGCGCAGUUACCGCCUGACAAUCGCUGCUACCUGGAUUCUGGAGGUUCAGGGGAGACUUUCUUUGUCAGUGAAGACGCACCUGUGGGCUCUCUCAUUGGAAUACUUCACAUUUUGGGUGAUCCAAGCCUUGGUGUGGGUAACAUAGAACUCCAUCUGCAAGAAAUUGAUAGUCCACUGAGGAUAGUCCCUGGGACAAAGAACCUGACGCUAACUCGCCGUCUUGACAAGGAAGGUGUGGAUGGACCAUCUUCAGUAUUUGUCAGUGUCAUAUGUGAACGCAAGAGGACUUCAGACCCUGGAUUCGUAAUUCCGGUGAACAUCAGAGUUACAGAUGUCAAUGAUAACACACCUCAGUUCAUUAACGCACCUUACAUUCUCAACAUAUCAGAGGUUACUGUUGUUGGCACAAGAGUCCUGCAGGGUGUAAAAGCAAUUGAUGCAGACCAGCAAGGCCCUUUCUCUACAGUCCAUUACUCAGUACUUCCAGGACCUCAUUCGGACUACUUUAUUUUUGUAAACCCUUUGGAAGGAACAUUGUUGCUGAGGCGUCCACUGGAUUAUGAGACACUGUCAAAUUUUACUCUCACAAUAAGGGCACAGGACCAGGGAUCACCACCUCGAUAUUCUGAUGCUGUCAUCUAUGUGUAUGUGAUAGAUGCAGAUGAUCAGAAUCCAAAAUUUUUUGAUGAAAGAUACACUGCUGAACUGCCUAUUGUGCCAUUACAGGGAACACGCUUGAAGGUCCUGCCAAGAGAAAUUGCAGCAUAUGACCAGGAUGUUGGGAUCAAUGCACCUAUUUAUUACACUUUCAACUCUGCAACUCAGGAUUACAGAUUUUUUGAAAUUGACAGAAGUUCGGGUCAUGUAAUUUUGCAAAGAACCGUGCCUGACGAUGAGCUCCUGCAGCCUACAACUCUUGUUGUUAGGGCUACACAGUAUGACAACCCAGAUCGGUAUGCAUUAGCAACAUUGACAGUUUCAAGGCCUGGUGUUGUUGCUGGUGAUCUGAUGUUUAUUCAGAAGCAUUUCUCAGCUUCUGUGCUAGAAAAUGUUCCUCUAGGAAGUGUGUUACUUACUGCUGUUACCAAUAAACCACGUGAUAGGAGAGUACGAUUUUGGCUGGAAGAUCCCACUCACUCUGGCACAUUUAGCAUUACUCAAUCUGGAGAUUUGGUUCUAAGACGUGCACUUGACUAUGAAACACUUGACAACUAUCAACUGAAAGUUCAUGCUACUGAUGGUCGAACGAAUGACACUGCCCAACUUGAAGUCUCAGUUCUCAAUGUGAAUGAUUGGGACCCACGAUUUCGAUACCCACAAUAUGAGUUCUUUAUAUCGGACUUGGAUGUUCAACCAGGAGAUGUAGUUGGCAUUGUAGAAGCUGCUGAUGGAGACAGAGGAGAUACAAUCACACUGAGUCUGAAAGGACCAGAUGCCAGGGUGUUCAGCAUCAAUGACAGAGGAGAAAUAUCCAUUCAGGAUAUCUCAAAACUGAACAGUAGUUCAGCACAUUUUGUAGCAGUUGCGAGAGAUUCAGGAAUACCACCAAGAGAGGCAUCAGUUCCUGUUACAGUGUUCUUUCCUGAAGCUCUUGUGAGAGCACAAGGUGCAUGGUCUCCUGGAGGAACAGGCUUCCUCCUCAUGGCCAUAUUUGGAACACUCCUUGCACUUCUGGCCUUAAUUAUAUUUGCUUUAGUUUUGUACAUUUAUAAACAGCCCUGUUCCAGUGGAUAUACAUCUCUUAUCACUGUUAAACGUCGGAAAGCUGCUACAAAGGCUGCUGGGUAUGCAGCCAGUGAAAUACAGCAUAAGAAGUUGCCACCUGGAUCAGCAGAUAAGGUGGAAAAUCCUGUUUUUGGUGACUCUGAAACUGCGACAGUGAGAG